UUCUCUAAUAUUUUUGUAACAUCUUGUGAGUCUAAAACUAUUUCAAAGUGAAAAGUUUUUUAAGGGAAUGGAAAAGUAUCACAUGACCAGACAAAUUUAAAGUUAAGGUGCAAUGACUUUGAACAUUGAGAAUAUCUGACUUUAGACCUUAUUAUUUUAGUAAAUAUUGUAGAAAUCUCAGGGUUUCACACUAAUCAUGAAUGACGUGGGCUUUGCACAGAAUUGAGGACAUGGUAUGCUGCUAUCUUCCCUUAGGGGAAUGAGGAGAUUCGUUCCAUGAAGAGACUUGGACAUUCUGCAAAAAUUGGAGGGGGGUGGCAAAAACACCCUGACCGUAUGUGCAGCUCUAUUAUAUGUUUAUUUAUUCAAAUUAAAUUUGUAUAAACAAAUCAGAACUAUUUGUUUUAAACUCCUGCUUCACCAACCAGACCUGCUACACAAGUAGAGGGGAGAAGAGUAAUUUGAAUUUAUUAACCUUUUUAUUCCCAACACUUUACUUUUUGUUUGGAUUCUGAUUGAUAGAUGGGUACAUUCCUCUGAGCAAUGGAAGGUGACUUUAUCUUUCAUUCCCCAAACUUCUCUGUUACUCUGUUUUUCUUCACUUUUCUAUGACUCACUUUUCCCUCCCCUUUCCAUGGAUUUGGAGUGAUGGUGUCACUGACAUUCUCAUUGUGUCUUCCCUCCAGCUAUCUGAAUGACUUGGACCGCGUAGCCGACCCUUCCUACCUGCCUACGCAACAGGAUGUGCUUAGAGUUCGAGUCCCCACCACAGGGAUCAUCGAAUACCCCUUUGACUUACAAAGUGUCAUUUUCAGAAUGGUCGAUGUAGGGGGCCAAAGGUCAGAGAGAAGAAAGUGGAUACACUGCUUUGAAAAUGUCACCUCUAUCAUGUUUCUAGUAGCGCUUAGCGAAUAUGACCAAGUUCUCGUGGAGUCAGACAAUGAGAACCGAAUGGAGGAAAGCAAAGCACUCUUUAGAACAAUUAUCACAUAUCCCUGGUUCCAGAACUCCUCGGUUAUUCUGUUCUUAAACAAGAAAGAUCUUCUAGAGGAGAAGAUUAUGUAUUCCCACCUAGUUGACUACUUCCCGGAAUAUGAUGGACCCCAGAGAGAUGCCCAGGCAGCUCGAGAAUUCAUCCUGAAGAUGUUCGUGGACCUGAACCCAGACAGUGACAAAAUUAUCUACUCCCACUUCACGUGUGCCACAGACACCGAAAACAUCCGCUUUGUCUUUGCUGCAGUCAAGGACACCAUCCUCCAGUUGAACCUGAAGGAGUACAAUCUGGUCUAAUUGUGCCUCCCAGAAACCUGCCCUUCCCUUCCCUGGUGGGCUAUCGCAGAUAUACAAGAGGGACUGUAUUUCUGUGGAAAACAAUUUGCAUAAUACUAAUUUAUUGCCGUCCUGGACUCUGUGUGAGUGUGUCCACAGAGUUUGUAGUAAAUAUUAUGAUUUUAUUUAAACUAUUCAGAGGAAAAACAGAGGAUGCUGAAGUACAGUCCCAGCACAUUUCCUCUCGUUUUUUUAGGCAAAACUGUGUGACUCAAUGUAUUUUAAAUUUUCAGUCAUGCACUCACAAAGAUAAGAGUUGUUUCUUUCUCUUUUUCUCUUUUUCUUUUCUAUUGAGCAAAACAAACCUGAUUUCCCUUUUUUUCCUAGCCCAUACCUCCCUCCUGGUUCCCCACCCAGAGAAUAACGGCCUUUAUCCUACUUCGAUUCUUGGUCAAGUUCUCUUGAAUGAUGCAGUCAGGACGGUGUCAUUCCACUUAAGCCAUCCUAUGUUAGUUUAGUUCAACAAUUUGUAGUUUUUGCUGAAGGGUGAUGUGUAUUACUGGUAUGGUUUCAAAUGUAUUGCUCUGGAUACACAUCUAGUGUUUCUUUUUUAAUAUAUGAUAUUGUUUUAUCUCCCUUUGGUGUGGGACAGUGGAUGCCCACCAAAUGGUUGUGUCAUUUCUUUUGGGUUUUGACCUUCAGCCAUAGUUUGAUCACUCAGAGAAAGGCACAGAAGUCAGAGGCAAGAAAAGACACACAGAAGGAGUCUUUUCUUUGGAAAUUGAUGUGCCAUUGUUCUUCCUUCUACCUGCUCCUCUUUUUUUUUUAACCCUCUCUUUAAAUUGCAGAUGCCAAAUAAUAAGCCAACAGACACUACAUUCCCCCAGAGGCUGCUACCAGAACCUUUUUCUUUUGGUUCCAACUUUUCUUCCUCUACCCUUUUUUCCUUUGUAUUUGGGCCAUAAUCUUUAAAUGAUUUUUAUUAUGGGAAUAUGUUGCCAAAGCUGGCUUUUUAUAAAACAGAAUGAAUUAAGAAGUGCUUAAACCAUAAAAGUCAGCAUCUUAAAAUGUAAGAGAGUAAGACUGUGAAGCCUGCGGUGACUGGCUGAAAAUGAACCUGAAAUACCAGCUGCCAGACACCUGGUGGCUGUACAUGUGAUUCUCAUGGUCCAUUCUUUCCUGAGCCCUCAAGGGCACAUUGUCUAGUGCCCACAUCCCAGGCUGAGGGUCCAAAUCAGCAGUGUAGAAAAGAAUCCCGUGUGGUUCGUCGGGUAUUUGUUUGUCUCUUUAUCUGAAGCCCGUGUUCUUUAAGUUCAAGUAAGUCUGCCAAGAACCUUGGUUGGUAGUAUUAGCCUUACACCUUUCAUUUGCAAAAAAGUCACUGCUCUUUUACCACCUUUUACGAUUUUCUUGAACUAUUGACUGGUUGAAUUGAACUUAAGGAAGAUUUUGUAGACUUCACUCAAAAGUAACCUCUUAGUGUUCUGUCAUACAUGUGUUUAUGUAACUGAACCUACUCAGAGAGACAUUUGGUAUUCUAUGUAUGCAAUUUUUUCAACAAGUGCAAAAAAAAUAAAAAAUCCCAGCACAUGAUCCAUGAGCUCUGUCAAGCAGCUUAUGUUGAAAUGUGAUUUAAGCUGAUAAAUCACAAUUAUUUUAAAAGCUGCUGGGAAGUAAGAACUAGGCCAUGAUACUGGUCUCAAUACUAUUUGGCCCUAGUCUAAACUUUCAUAUCACUUUUGGGAAAUAACAAAGAGGGGCGGGAGAAUUAACAGCUUGUUAGAUGAGCAACAAAGUCACUGAAGAGUAAUGAAGGAUUCUCAUUCUUUACUCUCCUGGUCUUAAACAGCACAGGUUACUUUUUUUUUCCUUGCUCAGAAGGCACCUGUAAUUUAAUUAAUAGACCGUAGGUAUAGUGCAAUUCUGAAUGCUCUAAUCAUUGUACAUACAUCUCUCGAUAUUGCAACAUCCAUUAUGGCUUUGUAAUCAUUACUUUUUGGCAGAUUGAAUGUGCUGUAUUGAUAUGUAUCUAUGUAAUUGUAUGUCUUAUAGCUAAUUCCCAUUUUGAAUAAUGUUAUUUUAUUUACUUUUUUAAGAGAGGAGAAUGUAAAUUUGUCAGUUUAUUUCUGACUAGGGAUAUUUUUUUCCAUUUAGAAAAGAAAAAAAAAAAACCUUACUGUCAUACAGAGCGGUACUAGCAUCGUGCUGUAUAAAAUCAUUUGCACAUUCCUGAGUAGAGGUAUACUGAUUAUAUGACCCAAAGGUAAUUUCAUAGCAAAAUACAUAAAAUCAGUCGGAGCUUUUAUACAAACAUGGAAACCAACUUUGUAGCACUUUUGCCAUUUGAUCUAGGAUUGGAAUAUGAGCUUUUAUACAAUUCAUAUUCUUCUUUGGCAAAUGCAGUUAGUAUUACCUCUCUGAUGGCCUUUAUUAGAAAGGCAGUUUUAGAAGCUAUUGUGACCCACUAAGGAAAUGUUUUAACAGCUAGAGACCACUGCUUGCCUGAAAGGGCAAUCUUAAAUUUGGUGCAGCAAAAAACAAACAAACAAACAAAAAACAAAAACAAAAAAAAAA